AAAGACGUGCACUCCGCCGCCGGCAGCAUCGCCAUUCCGCGGUUUCGACCACCAGAGCCCGACUGGCCGCGCACCAUUUAAUAUCACUGAAAUUUACGGCCCCGACAUUUGUAUAUAAAACCAGUAAAUUGUGUACGAUUUCGUCGCGUGUUUGUAUAUAAACUGUGUAUACAAUAUUUGUGUAUACAACUCGUUACGAGUAUCAAAUGUUUGUAAUAUAAAGACGGAGAUUAAAUUGUUUAGCUUAGCGCGUAAAUGUUUAAAGUAUGAUGAAUAAGGAGCAGUUGUCUGAAGUGAGCGCUUCCAGCGGCCAGGUCGCGCCGCCGAUCCACCAGGGGAUCAACAUCCAGCAGCAUCUGCACCACCUCCACCUGCACCAGAACCACGCCAGCGUGAUCCUGCCCAACGAGGCGGGGCAGCAGCAGCAUGUGGCCCCGGAGAGCACGGCGCCGGACCUGGACGCGAAGCCCUCGAGCUCGGACAAGAAGUCCGGGAUCCGGAGGCAGGAGAAACCGCCGUAUUCGUACAUCGCGCUCAUCGUGAUGGCCAUCCAGCACUCGCCGACGAAGAGGCUGACGCUGAGCGAAAUCUACUCCUUCCUGCAGCAGAGGUUCCCGUUCUUCCGGGGCUCCUACCAGGGAUGGAAAAAUUCGGUCCGACACAACCUCUCCCUCAACGAGUGCUUCAUCAAGCUACCCAAGGGCCUGGGCCGGCCCGGCAAGGGCCACUACUGGACCAUCGACCCCGCCAGCGAGUUCAUGUUCGAGGAGGGCUCGUUCCGGCGCCGCCCCCGCGGCUUCCGCCGGAAAUGCCAGGCCAUGAAGCCCCAGUACCACCCGGGCAACUUCUUCGGCAACAACAUGACCGGCAUGGUCAACCAGCCCGCCGCCUACGAGCACCAGACUCUCGUCCAGCCCCAGGAGUACUCCACGUGCUCGUACAACACCUCCUCGCCGCAGGUGUCGUCUGUCUCCGGCACCCACUACUCCAACUACGACUACCCCGUCUACCAGCAGCAGUGCGACCGGGACUGGAGCUCGUCGGCGCUGCUGCCGCCGUACCCGGACGCCGCCAUCUCCAGCUCGUACAUCAAGGCGCCGAUCAGUCCCAUGGGGGAGAACCAGGAGACGCCGCCGCCGGUCAUCGCCGACACGUACAAUUAUCAGUAUGGGGGGAUUUCGACGUCGUCUGCAGAUAAUUUGAUGCGAUCCUCCUCCACCAACAGCAUGCAGCCCAUCCAGUGCGACCGAAAGCCCUACUUGAGUUCGCCGCCGCCGUCGAUUCCAUCUUCUCUUCCAUCACCACCAGCAGCCAACACAGCGCACUCAUUUUAUGAACCUUCAGUAAAGUACAGCUUAUAAAUUCAGUAUUUAUGGUUUCGUUUAAGUGGACAUUUGUACUCGUCGUUCAUCCGCCGAGCCAAAUCUUUGUCGUUAUUUUUCUCUUUCGAGAUAUGAGCAGACGGACGUUGUUUUUUCAACAAACGCGAACUAUGUACGAGUACGUCGAACAGCUUUGGAUCGAAAGCAGCUCAAAUUUAUUUUUACUGUUAGUUCUGUAGGUAGGUGAAUCAUACUUAAUUGUAAAUAUAUUUAUUUGUAGGACGUAGUGGUAUUUUUAAGACAUAGAGUAUGCUACUUUGACGUGUAAAUACCACCAUACAGCUACUUACCAAAAAUUGUGUACAUAAAACAUUAUUUUGUAAUUUAUAGUAAAAUAAAAAAAAUCCGCUCUGA